CUUACCUAGGUGGCUUCGCACGGCAAUCUUUCCAUGUUGCCGGACCUCCCCAUUUCAGAGUUUUCCUCUUUUCGACUGUAGACCGUAAACAUUGAACAUCGACUCUAUGCUCAGCGCAUUCGUAAUUGUGCAUCAUCAGCACCAGACUCCUAUUCCUUACUUCUUCUUGAGUCUUCUCAGGCCACAGCAGCAGUCAUGGGUUCCAUCAAUCCGGAUACCAACACUUUUUCAACGCAAACAGAGGCAGCGCCCACAUCGACGGGAGAGACUGCUGAGCCCGGCGAGAUUUCCAAGCCCGAGCAAGGCGCAACGAAAUCCGCGCCUAACGGCGCAACUGCUUCUACUACCAAGUCUGGCGAUGAUGUUGGGCGUGUGCGCACGCCGGAGCACGGGCCUAAAAAAUUGAAGCUUACUCGCAAAACUGUCCCGUUAGAAAAUGGUUUUCUCGCCUGGGCACCAGAGACUUGGCGAUCGGACCUCAAGCCCAUGAUCCGAUACCUGGUCACUGAUCAUGAUGGUAGCAACAUUCGAAUCAAAUACUUGACCUGGGAUCAACCACAAGACGAAAAGAUCACGCUUGAAGAUCGCCGACGUCCUGGCAACUUUUUCACAACGAUAAGGUACCUAGCCUGCGAGCCUCUCGAGCUCAGAGGUGGCAACCAGUGGAAUCACGCCACAAUUGCCUUUGUUGAAGACGACAAUGAUGACGAAGACGGCGAACCGAUUGUCGAAUACGAGAUUACUCAGCACACAUGCAUCAAACUCCCAAAAAUGAGUGAGAGCGCAAUCUGGGCAGAGAAACCCUGUGUCGAGUGGGCUGGCUUGCGGUUCAAGAACAUCGCGUUGAGAGGCACGCUCUCGCCCUACGCACAUAAUCACUGUGGCAGGCUGCGCGUUGUCACGAAUGAAGCAAUCGGGGAUGGAAAAAAGGAAAUGGUCAUGAAAAUCUGGCCAACACCCACAUGCAGCAAGUUUUCCCUGGAAAAUGAAAUGAUGGCGUACAGAGCUUGUGACGGCAAGGGCAUUACGCCGGAAUUCAUCGGAUACGUCACGGAGCAGGGCAGGCAUAUUAGCAUGUUGACAGCCUAUCACUCUAAAGCGCACAAACCGGAGAACGACGAGGAAAAAGAACUGUGCCGUACAGUUCUGCACACUCUCCAGAUCGAGACGGGUUGGCAGCGCAGGGCUCUAGCAAACCACAGGGACAACUUCCUGAUUGAGGAUGGCAGGGCCCUCCUCAUUGACCUUUCCAAGGCGGACAAUCCUGAAAGGAUUGCCAAGAAUGGGGGCGAGUGGGCACAGAAGCUCCUUGAUGAGGACUUUGACCGGUAUUGGAACUGGCCAUCUCUCGUUGAGUAGCGGCCUCGUCGUCGCGCAAAUCGAUCGUGAACUAGGAAUCCUCGCUGCGGAUUUGUUCGACGAGGUUUGACGACAGAUUCUGAUUGAGGAGCCGAGUGUUGCAAUGAAGGUCUCUAAGGUCCUUCUUGGUGGCUUCGUCCAUCGAAGCAAGAGCCUGGCAGAAUUCUCGAUACGGGGUUGGCGACAGGGGCACCCACAUGAACGAGUUCUCCGCAAGAAUUCCAGUGCCAACGGGUAUGUUGACGGUUGCGAAAAGGCCUUGGCCCAUGGUCCUGAUGUGCGAAAGGGUUGCAGACGGAUCAAGUGCAAGACCUGGAAUGAGGAUUUGAGUAGAAGUGGAGGUGGGGGUUGUGAGGAAGAGAGAGGGAAGCCCGCCCUGACGUCCAUAAGUACUUACCUAGGUAGGCAGC